AUGCCGCCAUUUCGUCGAGCUGCUGACCCGGAGUUGGAGCGCGCGAGGCAAGCUCAACGCAAGCCUAGGCUUCCAUCUGCAAAAUGGAGCGGCCGGGUCCAAGAAACGUUCACCGCAUAUGACGAUUUCGGAUGGGAUAAGAUUGAAGAAUACUUGAAAACCAAAUGGCCGGACUGGGAUUUCAAACCAAGAGUUUUCAAUGGCAACUGGCUAUUUGAAGUGCCCGUGAGGCUGACCGAGGAGGAGAAGAGAGAGCUGAGAAAGCGAAGAGAUGUGUCUGGGCGGACGAGAUCGCCCUCUGUGUCACCAGAGCCUGAGGAACGAAAGCCCCAACAAGAGCAAGGCCGAGUCUCGUCUUCAUAG